UAACAAGUUUUGUGCUGAGGUGGAGUCGUGUUAAUGAACGCUGCGAUUGUCUAUUAAUCAAUCCCCGAUCUCGAUUUAGUAAAUUUUGUAAAUGUUUACCGGUACACGGUUAACUACGCGCUUUAUUUACGUGAGUGAGUUCAUAUAAAAGGACGUGUGGUUUGAUGUAGUCAGUUAUUAAGGAACAUCUAUAAUUAAGGACAUAUUAAACGUAACAAUUAAAACAGUGUUGACUUUUUUAAUUUUUCAAUUAAUAACAAGUUUAACGAUAUUAACAGAACGAUAAACAUAUUCAAAACUUUGUUUAUACAGUAAUAUAAAAUAAAUAAUAAUCAUAAGUGGACUAAACUUGACAUGAACAUUUACUUAGUUAAUUUGGAUUGACUAUAAGCAAUAAAAUACGGAAUUAAAAUAUUCACCGAUUACUUUCAGCAUUUAAUAAUAUAUUUUCGAAAGACAGAUUUGAUAUUCGGGCAGUUCAAAGACAACGCUUGCAAUACGCCAUACCCUCUAUCGGACAGUUCUGUCGCGAAAGUUUUGGACAUUGCCAGACAAAAAACGCUCACACUUUACCGAAAUAUUUGGUCGCAAACGCUUUGCGUGAUUAGCUGUGGGCAAAGGACAUUAUCUAUCCUCCCAACAUGACACGUGCAGACCUCGCAGUUACGGUGUUCGUCUCGUGCGUUCAGCUCGUCUCGAGUCUGGUAAUCAUACAGCCUGGCGAAACAGAUGGUUUCCACAUGGACACGCACACUGAAGAGCUUAUCACAUUAUUGGAAGGUCUGGAAAAACUGACGGACGACAGCGUUGAGCAAAAUGAAGAUUCUUUACGUCAACGUCAAAAUAAAAACGAGAUUAACGAACUACAGAAACUGUUGCGGAUGACAGAGAACGAAGAAAACGAAUACAAUGCAGGCCAUAUUAAAUUGGAAAAGAAGGAUUUCGCCAUCUUACCUCCCGUAACCGAGUGGUGCCGAAUGAUGGGCUUCCGGCGGUGUCGAGACUCAAGCGCUCGUUAGCAUCCAGUGUUGCAAUAUUAACAUUUUUGUGUUGUAAUAAUCGCAAAUUUUCUUAAAGUUUUAAUUCAGGAUUAUGUUUUGUAUUUGAAAAGCCGAUAUUUAAGAAGCUUUUUUAAGAAAUGAUUUGUAUAGACUAACAACGUUUAUAAGAAAAGACAAAAUGCCAAUGACUUUACAUAAUCUUAAGAGCAAUGUCCAAUAUUUAUUAUUUGUUGAGUUAUAUGUAACAGUUUGUUAACUAAUACAUUAGUUAAAGUGUUUAUGUUUAACAUUACAAAAAUAAUUACUUAAAUUAA